AUGUAUAGUAUGAUGAUGGAGACCGACCUCCACUCCCCCGGCCCCCAAACCAACACGGCCGCGGGGCAAACGGGGCCCAACGCGGGUUCCAAAGCGAGUCAGGAGCGGGUGAAAAGACCCAUGAACGCCUUCAUGGUGUGGUCCCGCGGCCAGCGCAGGAAGAUGGCGCAAGAAAACCCCAAAAUGCACAACUCCGAGAUCAGUAAGAGACUAGGGGCCGAGUGGAAGGUGAUGUCCGAGGCGGAGAAGCGGCCUUUCAUCGACGAGGCCAAGAGGCUGCGGGCCAUGCACAUGAAGGAGCACCCGGAUUACAAGUACCGGCCCAGGCGGAAGACCAAGACGCUGCUCAAGAAGGACAAGUACUCGCUGGCAGGUGGGCUGCUCUCCGGAGCCGGCGGCGGCGGGGUUGGCUUAGGGGUCGGCAUGGCGUCCUCGUCAACGGGCCAGCGGCUGGAGAGCCCGGGGGCGCCCCACGGAGGUUCCGCGGGCUCCGGCUACGCGCACAUGAACGGCUGGGCCAACGGCGCGUACCCGGGCCAGGUGGCGGCAGCCGCGGCCGCCGCUGCUAUGAUGCAGGAGGCGCACCUCGCCUUCGGCCAGCACCCGGGCGGAGGCGCGCACCACCUGAACCAUCACCACGCGCACCCGCACGCCCACCACGCACACCACCAUCACCACCACGCGCACAACCCGCAGCCCGUGCACCGCUACGACAUGAGCGCGCUCCAGUACAGCCCUAUCUCGAACUCGCAGAGCUACAUGAGCGCGUCCCCGUCCGGUUACGGCGCGCUCAGUUACACGCAGCACCAAGGCUCCGCCGCCUCCAUGGGCGCGUUGGGCACGCUGGGCUCGCUAGUCAAGUCGGAACCCAGCGUCAGCCCGCCGGUGAGCGGAGCCCCCCACGCGCGCGGCCCCUGUCCCGGGGACUUGCGGGAGAUGAUAAGCAUGUACUUGCCCACCGGGGAACCGGCCGAUCCGGCCAUGCAGAGCCGGCUCCACGCCUUGCCGGCGCACUACCAGAGCGCCGCCGCGGCCGGAGUCAACGGGACUGUCCCGCUCACACACAUCUAA